GGACGCGGUGUAGUGGAGGCGGCAGCUAGCGGAGGAGAGAUAAUCUAGACACUGAAGAAGAUGUCCUUCAGAGGGGGUGGUGGAAGAGGUGGAGGAUUUAACCGAGGUGGGGGUGGCCGGGGCGGUAGAGGCGGCGGUGGAUUUGGUGGUCGAGGCGGCGGUGGAUUUGGUGGUCGAGGCGGCGGUGGAUUCGGUGGCCGAGGCGGCGGUGGAUUCGGUGGUCGAGGUGGUGGGGGCAGGGGUGGUUUUAACAGACAGCAGGACUUUGGUCCCCCGGAAUAUGUUGUUGCACUUGGAGAGUUCCUACAUCCCUGUGAGGAUGAUAUUGUCUGUAAAUGCACAACAGAGGACAAUAAAGUCCCCUAUUUCAAUGCUCCCGUGUACCUGGAAAACAAGGAACAGAUUGGAAAGGUGGACGAGAUCUUUGGCCAGCUGCGAGACUUCUAUUUCUCAGUCAAACUCUCCGAAAACAUGAAGGCAUCUUCAUUCAAGAAAAUGCAGAAGUUCUUCAUCGACCCGAUGAAACUCCUCCCACUUCAGAGAUUCCUCCCGCGGCCGCCCGGGGAGAAGGGUCCACAGCGGGGGGGCCGAGGUGGGGGUAGGGGUGGAGGAAGAGGAGGUGGUCGUGGAGGUGGAUUCCGAGGCGGAAGGGGUGGAGGUGGUCGAGGAGGCGGUGGAUGGGGAGGAGGAGGAGGGGGCUUCAGGGGAAGAGGAGGAGGAGGAGGUGGUCGUGGAUUCCGAGGUGGGAGGUGAGCCAACACCGGCCGUGUGGCGUGGUGAUCCAUACUGUCCUCUGCUGCCAGAUUUUGAAAGUGCAAGUUUGUUGGUGUGUGGCUCCUUGGACAGGCUUAACACAAUAGAGACAUUGCAUCUUUUUUUACUCCUCGACCAGAGUCUCUUUUUGUUAUCGCUCCUGGAUCGCGGUGAAUUUUUUGAUAAGCGAGCAGGUGAUUGUAUAUAAGGAAGUAAAAGCCUGUUUUCAACUCUCAAGGAAGAAAAGGUUGUUAUAGUCACUUUGUGACAAGGCAGGUCAAUAAUUACCUGCAUUGAGCGGAAAUAUUUUUCUGUGACAGAUUUUGUUAAUUUUGUUGAUUGUGUGUUGAUGUAGCUUUUGUCUAUGUUUUUUAAUUGAUAGCUGUAUAUGAUACAAUUGGCUAAACAUUUUUAGGAAUUUGUAAAAUCUUAAGUGGAGUGCUGUCACUUAUGCUAAGGACGUUUUUUAUUAAAUGGUGCUCUGUAA